UCGACUUCAGUCCGACGCGUGUCUCCGCGCAAUGCGCGCGAAACGUCAUUGUCAAAGUUUUUUGCCAUAGAGUACGGUAGAAAACCUUAUUGCACAAAGUUUCAUAUUAAACAUAAUAUAUGUAUAAUAUACAUAAUUAUACUGUAAAAUGUUUUAAAACAAAUAGAGCUUUGGGGGUUUUUUUUCACUGUGAAUAUAUCUCUCUUUUUCUUCGUCAAGUGGCAUGUGAUUUUUUUAAAAUGAGUUAUGGAUUCGCGGAUUUUGAAUUGAAUAAAAACUGUUGUGAUGUUAAAAGUGAAACACAGACUGAAGAGAGGGAAGAAGUUCAUGUUUUGGGUCCAAGUCGACGGUGCUUGGCCUGGGCCUGUAAGGCCUGUAAGAGGAAAACUGCAGCGGUUGACAGAAGAAAAGCAGCUACAUUGCGGGAAAGGCGGCGGUUAAGAAAAGUCAACGCAGCCUUCGAAGAGUUAAGAAUACGUGCGAGGGCUGGCAGUGGUCGGCUUCCAAAGCUGGAGAUACUUCGAGCUGCUAUUCAACAUAUAGAAAGGCUGCAGGCUGCACUACGAGCUGCUACUGUUUUGGAGUCAGAGAGCUGCAAAGGGUACGUCGAGCCGCCGAACUCGCGAACUGAAAUCAGAGACAAUAACAAUGACCGGGAGAAGCCUUUUUUAAAUGGGGAGUCGACGUGUGGCCUUAACAGUUUGGCAAGACUUCGGUGUAUAGUACAGGCAUUGGCUAAAGACAAUGUGUGAUUUAGUUAGACUAUUUAUUUACUAGCAAAUUAAUAAGCAUAUAGGAAAUUAUAGCCAAAUAUUAUAGUAAACAUGUUGUGUAUAAUUAUUUAAAUAAUUGUAAAAAUCGUGCUACAUAUAGUUCUAUUUUGGUACAAAAAGCACUUGAUCUAUUGACACAAAUUUGUUUUUAAAAUUUAUUCUUGCAUGAAUAACCAAAGAAAUUUAACCAAAACAAAAUAUAAAGUGAUAUUGUGUUAGAGUUCAGUAUAGUGCCUUACAUAAUAUUUUAUUUGUUAUUUGAAUAUGGCUCAUUAAAUUAUUUUACGAAAAA